AUGGCCGGAAAUUCGAGAUUUGAAUUGACUUCGGGUAGCCCUGAAUCCAGUUUUGCUGGGAACUAUCAAAUUGGGCAAAGAGGGAGUUAUUCUAGUCAGGCGCUGGAUAGGUCUGGAAGCUUCAGAGAGGGUGCAGAAAGCAGGAUGUUUGGUUCUGGAAAGGCUACAUCUAGGGGGAGUGCUAUGUUGGCAGGGGAAUUACCUGCAUUGUCCCAAUGUCUGUUGCUGGAGCCGAUCGUUAUGGGUGAUCAAAAAAAAUAUACACGAUCUGAUGAAUUAAGGAGGGUUCUGGGCUUUUCUGUUAGCUGCAGCUCGGAAGACAACUCUUUCAGUGCUGCUCAUCUGAAGAACUCACCUCCAGUGGCGGAGGAACUAAAGAGAUUGAAGGCAAGUUUUGCAGAUACUUGUUUCAAAGCCAGUGGUAGAGCAAAAAAGUUGGACGAGCAUUUAAAUAAAUUGAACAAAUAUUUUGACGGCAUAAACUCCAAGAAGCUGCAGCGGAAUGAACUAUCCACAAAUGAAAGAUCAGGCAGUUCAAACCUGAAGAUUGGAACCCAGGUAAAUCGAAGCUCGUUGGAACUUGGAAAUCAGAAAUUUGAGGAUCGGCCUAAGAAUGUCAUUCUGAGCAAGCGUGUACGCACGUCAGUGGCAGAAACUCGGACAGAAGGCCGUGGUAAUGGACUACCACGGCAGCCAAUCGUGGUGUCAAAAGACCGAGACAUGCUUAGAGAUAAUAGUGCAGAUUCUGAUAUGGUUGAGGACAAGAUAAGGAAAUUACCUGCGGGUGGAGAGGGUUGGGAGAAGAAAAUGAGAAGGAAGCGUUCUAUUGGUGCAGCCUUUUCCAGAACUAUUGGCAGCGAUGGGGAAGUGAAACGAACUGCACACCAUAAGCUUGCCAAUGAACACAGUCUGCAAUACUGUGAUUCCUCCCAUGGUUUCAGAUCAGGGGCUUCUAAUGGUGCCAGUGCCACUAGCAAAUUGGAUUCCACAUCUUCCCCAGCUAGUUCUAGUGUUCGUGCAAUGUUCAAAAAUGAACAAGACAAAUCUGUUCCUUCACGGGAUAUUUCUGCUGGGCCAACUAAAGAGCGAAUUUUGGGGAAAGGCAAUAUUAAGUUGAAUACCCUCGAGGACAAUCAUGCGAUUUGUUCUAGUCCAGUAAUAAAAGGAAAGGCCUCGAGGACUCCACGAUCCGGCCCUGCAAUUCCGACCAAUUCAGCUUCUAAUGUUCCUCGUUUGUCAGCUCUGGAGAGCUGGGAACAAACCACGGGCAUAAACAAAAACCCUUCAGUUAAUGGAGUUAACAGCCGCAAGCGUGCUAUUCCUGCAGGAUCAUCUUCUCCACCAAUUACUCAAUGGGGUGGUCAGAGGCCACAGAAAAUUUCUCGUAGGAGGACGAAUCUUGUAUCGGUGUCAAACCAUGAUGAAGUACAGAUGCAGUCUGAAGGAUGCUCGCCUACAGAUUUUGGUGCCCGAUUAAGCUCUUGUGGAAAUAAUCCUCUUAUCUCGAAAAAUGCAGCAAAUGGAAUCCAAAAUUUCAAACCUAAAUCUGGAAAUGUUUCAUCCCCUGCGAGAUUGUCUGAAAGUGAAGAAUCUGGUGCUGGUGAAAACAGAAUGAAGGAGAAAUCUGUAGGUAGUGGCUAUGUGGACAAAAAAGCUACAAGUGCUGGUCAGGAUGCUGGCCCUUCUGCAAUAGUUUCUAAAAAGAAUAAAGUUGUGGUUAAAGAAGAAAUUGGUGAUGGUAUACGGAGACAAGGGCAGAAUGGAAGGAUCUCACCAUUUUCUAGGGCUAGUAUUUCACCAAUGAGAGAGAAGCAGGACAAUGGAGCGCCAGCCAAGCCACUCCGAAAUGCGAGGUCUGGUUCUGACAGGAGUGGAAGCAAGUCAGGCCGCCCUUUGAAGAAGCUAUCAGACCGCAAAGGCUCUUCUCGUCUUGGCCUUGUAGCAAACGGGGGUUCUCCUGAUUUUAAUGGAGAAUCAGAGGAUGACCAUGAAGAGCUCUCGUCAGCUGCAAGUUUGGCUUGCAAUUCCAGCCUUCUUGCCUGUUCAAGCCCAUUCUGGAAGAAAGUUGAGACAAUGUUUACUUCAAUUGGUACAGACAAAAAGUCAUACUUGUUACAAAAGCUAAAAUUAGCUGAAGAGUUUGGAAGUUCAUCUCAAUUCUCUUGCCAUGGCAAUGAUGUUCAGGGUGAUGUCCACAAAAAAAUUUCAGCAUUUGAUUCUCUUUCUGGUAAGACAAAUGGGCAGAUGACAAAUGAAAUGGGGACAAAGGACUCUUCUGAUACGGUGGAAUUUGUUGAGCAACUACAGAAUACUUCUUUGUUUGGGUCCAUAGACACAGAGAAAAUACAUGACACUCCACUUUAUCAAAGGAUACUAUCUGCUCUUAUCGUGGAGGAUGAAAUUGAAGAAUUUGAAGAAAAUGGGUUUGGAGGACCAAGUAGUUAUCCUUGUGAUUUGCGCCUUGUUGAUACUGAAAGCAGAUAUCAAGAUGGAGUGGACUUUUGUGAGCCAUUAUUUGGUGUCCAAACUCCAAAAAAUGGUAAUGCGCACAUAUUUGUUUCUUGCAACGGAAAUACUGACUACAAUAGAAACCCUGGUAUUCGGCGUCAUCCAUGUAAUGGAGAAUUGAUGCAAGGGGAUAGUGGAUAUGUGCAUUCAGAGGUGGAAGUGUUGGUUAGACUUUCAAGAUGUGAUUAUGGUUCACAAAGUUUCCAGCCAAAUAAUUAUGGCAUUUCUUCCAUUGAUUGCCAAUAUGAGCAGAUGUGUCUUGAAGACAAACUUGUGCUGGAAUUGCAAAGUGUUGGCCUAUUUUUAGAAACAGUGCCUGCCUUGGAUGACAGAGAGGACAAGGUAAUCAACCAGGAUAUUGUUCAGCUGGAGAGGGGACUGCAUCAGCAGAUUGGAAAGAAAAAGAUGUUCCUGGAUAAUAUAUGCAAGGCUAUUGAAGAAGGCAAGGAUGUAGACAAGCGGGACCCUGAGCAGCUCGCUAUGGAUAAACUUGUUGAGUUGGCAUACAAGAAACUUUUGGCAACUCGAGGGAGUUUUGCUUCUAAAUAUGGUAUGGCUAAGGUGUCAAAACAAGUUGCGUUGGCUUUUGCCAAGAGAACACUUGAUAGAUGUCGGAGUUUUGAAGAUUCAGGAGUAAGUUGCUUUGCUGAGCCCACAUUCCGCGAUGUCAUUUAUGCUGCACCGACUCAGAUCACUGAAGGAGAGCCGCUGAUCAGUGCAGACCUGGUAGUUGCUAAUGGAUCUGUGUCCGGUUUUGCUGAUGGUUGUUUAUCAGAUGCACUCGAUACUUCAGGUCAUCUAUCUGAUCAGGCUUUUGCUAAAAGUGGGCCGAUAUCGAAUAGAGGAAAAAAGAAGGAAGUAUUGCUUGAUAAUGUUGGUGGUGCCAUCUUUAGAGCCACAUCUUCUCUUGGCAUAUUGGGCAAUGCAAAGGGAAAGAGAAGUGAAAGAGACACUUCAACCAGAAAUGCUGUUUCCAGGGCAUCAAUGGGUGGCUCCAAGGGAGAGCGCAAAACAAAAGCGAAGUUGAAGCAAAAAAUAGCUCAGCUUUCUACAUCAGGAAAUGGAGUUGUCAAUAAAUUCAUGGAUGCAAUACAUCCCGUAUACACUUCGGCUAGUGGUUCUGGUGAAUCAGCCAAUAAUACUAGCAACAGGAAAAGGGAUGUUAGAUUUAUGUCUUCUGGCAAUGCCCCUCAAGAUUCAUCGAAGGACAUCAACGAAUUAGAAAAUUUGCCACUGAAUGAUAUAGACUCGAUGGAGGAACUAGGGGUAGAUACUGACAUUGGUGCACCUCAGGAUUUCAAUACUUGGUUCAAUUUUGAUGUGGAUGGACUACAGGACCAUGAUUCUGUUGGCCUUGAGAUACCCAUGGACGACCUUUCAGAAUUAAAUAUGUUUUGA